UUUUUCGUUCCAAGGGCAGACACAGGGUUUCUCUGAGUUUCCCUGACCAUCCAGGACUCACUCUGUGCAUCAGACUGGCUUUGAAGUCAGAGACCCACCUGUGUCUACCUGCCUGGAUGAGCUCCCAGGCUGUGCCCACUCUCCAACAGUUGGCCAUUAGAGGGCUGUUGAAAGAUGAAGAUUUGACCCUGUCUCUUCUGGAUGACCUGCCCAUCGUGCUCUUCCCACCACUGUUUGAGCAGGCCUUCAUCAAUCGACAAACAAAGAUAGUGAAGACCAUGGUAAUAUCGUGGCCCUUCCCUUGCCUCCCUCUUGGGUCUCUGAUAAACUAUGUUGAAGCAGAUAACUUCCAGGCUGUGCUGGAUGGAAUGGAUUGGCUGAUUAACCAGACUGUUUGGCCCAGGCAGUGCAGACUACGAGUGCUCAAUCUGCACUACAUCAAGCAUGGCUUUUGGGAACGAUGUGUUGGAACAGAGAAUGGUUUCCCUUCACAGAAGAAGAAACCAUUGGAGAAAGAUUCCACAACAGAGGGAAAGAAGCAGUCAUUGAAGGUGCUAGCUGAAUAUACCCUCAUGUUCUCCACUCUCAAGGACUACAAUAGUUACUUCAUGCAAUGGCUCAAGCUAAGAAAAGACACUGUACCAUGCUAUUUUUUUAACUUGGUUCCUAAAAAGUGUCAGCAGAGCAGUUGCUUCUUAAAUUACACAUAGAUAGUUGUAAGUCAUGUGGCCUGGGUGCUGGGACUUGUGCCCUCUGUAAGACCAGUCUCCUCUUAACCCUCUUCCCUCCAUUACCAAAAUAAUCUGUGACAGUGUCUUACUAAAUAACAUGUGAAAACUUGGAACUCUAUGUAGAAACUUCUGGCCCUGAACACAUAGAUUGGCCAGUUUUUUGCCUAUAGAACAUUGAAAUUAAAGGGGUAUACAACCAUGA